UUAUAGAGAAGAAGAAGUUGAGAAGGGAGGGAGGACUCGGAAGAAGGAAAUAAGGAGAUCUCAAUGAAGCCUUCGAGCUCGCAGCUGCUCCUCCUCCUCUUCCUUCUCUCCCUCGCUAGGGUUUCCUCUUCCUCUCGCCCUUGGCCUCUCGGAUUCCACAAAGCAACUGGUGGGCGCAGAGCUCUUCUGAGCUUCAAGGAGACGCCAAAAGGAGGCAACGUUACCUUCGAGUGCUCCCCCUCCGGUGCCUGCGUUCCUUGCCUCUACUCGGAGAAGAAAUCGCAGAAAUAUCGCUGCAGUGAGACAGGCUAUCGCAUCCCUUUGAAAUGUAUUGAAGUUGGUGACGGCACAAAAGUAAAAUCUCAUAAGAGCCGGUCGGCCCCGGAAAUCCUGCAUGAUAAAGCAGGGCCGCUUCAUCAGCAUGACACAGAAGAGACCAGGUCAAUAGCACAAAGAGCUUUGUUGGAAGAUUCAUCCCCGGUGGAGGAUGAGCGACAGUCAUACAUCACUUACAGAAGCUGUAUACCAGCUGCAAACAUAGAGAAACUGUCAGUAAUUGGUUUCGAGGGAAUUGCCUUUGUUCUGUUACUUGCAAGCUGUACAUUUAUAUACUUAAGAAAAAAGCGCUCUUUUAUGAUGAUGCCCGGGGUUGGAAUGACGAGGAUCCCUACGAAUGCUAGAUUUUGAUUCAGAAACAGGGCCGUAGGCAGUGAAGGAUUCUGACUCUGGCAUGGAAUGCGGCUACUUAUCCUAUUCGGAGGUGCUGAUCCAUUUCGGGAGCAAGUCUUUGCUUGAGAAAUCAACAGGAGGUGCAACUUCAAAAAAUUUGAGGAGAAAUGUGCAUUCGAGCUGGCUAAUCUCCAGGAAGUGUUUGUAUAACCCUUUGAGGCUGUCCUAGCAUUUUUUAUUUUUUAUUUUUAUUUUUGGGAUUGAGCAUAUAGUGUAUAAAUUAUAUUUUUUGUAAGAAGUAACCGUGGCUUGCUUUGUUUUGAAAGUGUAGAAAGAAUACUAUACCUUCUAGAGAAGGAAAGAAAAGUCAAUAGGAAAAAUGGUUUUUAGCAUUA